AUGUCAAUAUCUAUAGCAUCACUUCUUACUAAUGGUUCCGCCACGGCGGGCCGGGAACGAUGGGGUUACCUAGACAAAGUGUUGUCAACAACGUCUCCAUAUGCAGGGGAGGAGUUUGUGCCAGGCGAAGAGACAAUCAAUGCACUUGAGACAUCACGAGUUCUGGUGAUCGGGGCGGGUGGGCUUGGAUGUGAGAUUCUCAAGGACCUCGCACUAUCAGGCUUCAAGGACAUCCAUGUCAUCGACAUGGACACUAUCGACGUGUCCAAUCUAAACCGACAGUUCCUCUUCCGCGAAUCCGACGUAGGAAAAUCAAAGGCCGAAGUCGCUGCGGCCUUUGUCGAACGACGUGUGCCAGGAGUGAAGAUCACCCCUUACAAUGGGAAGAUCCAGGACAAGGAUGAGGAGUACUACAUGCAAUUCAAGCUCGUGAUCUGUGGGCUCGACAGCAUCGAAGCGCGACGUUGGAUCAAUGCCACCUUGGUCGAUAUGGUCGACAUGGAAAACCCAGAGUCACUGAAACCCCUGAUCGACGGCGGCACUGAAGGCUUUAAGGGCCAGGCUCGUGUCAUCCUUCCCACGCUCACUUCUUGCAUUGAAUGCCAGCUUUCCAUGCAUGCACCUCGUGCGGCCGUGCCGCUCUGUACUCUGGCCACGAUCCCCCGUCAGCCACAGCACUGUAUCGAAUGGGCGCACAUCAUCGCCUGGGAGGAACAGCGGAAAGGCGAGACCCUCGAUACCGACGACCCGGAACACAUCUCAUGGCUGUAUGCCACGGCAUUGGCGCGUGCCCAAGAGUUCAACAUCCCCGGCGUCACGUACUCCAUGACACAAGGCGUGGUCAAGAACAUCAUCCCAGCCAUUGCCUCGACGAAUGCAAUCAUCGCCGCCGCCUGCUGCAACGAGGCUCUCAAAAUCGCCACCUCCUGCGCGCCUUUCCUUGAAAACUAUAUGAUGUAUACGGGCGACUCAAACGACUCGGGGUUGUAUACCUAUACAUUUGCUGCAGAGAAGAAGGAUGACUGCCCUGUCUGCGGCAACCUAGCACAGGACAUCACCGUUGACCCGGACAUGAGGCUCGAGGAAUUCCUCGCCAGCUUGGCCGAGCGGGCAGAGGCACAGCUGAAGAAGCCCAGCAUUCGAACAGAGGCUCGGACGCUAUAUGUUCAAGCGCCAAAAAGCCUCGAGGAGCAGACGCGGCCGAACUUGGCCAAAAGGCUGAGGGACCUGGUUAGUGAUGGCGAGGAGGUCGGGAUCUCAGACACGGCAUUCCAGAUAUCGUUCAAGUACAGGCUGUUUUUCCAGAAGUAG